CCUGAAACCGGAUCUCGGUGUCAGAGCCGCCCCCGGGCCGGGCGGGCACCUCAGCAAUGGCCCUGCGCAAGGAGCUGCUUAAGUCCAUCUGGUACGCUUUCACCGCACUGGACGUGGAGAAGAGCGGCAAGGUCUCCAAGUCCCAGCUCAAGGUGCUGUCCCACAACCUGUACACGGUCCUGCACAUCCCCCACGACCCUGUGGCUCUGGAGGAGCACUUCCGGGACGAUGACGAUGGCCCCGUGUCCAGCCAAGGAUACAUGCCUUACCUCAACAAGUACAUCCUGGACAAGGUGGAGGAGGGGGCUUUCGUUAAGGAGCACUUUGAUGAGCUGUGUUGGACCCUGACGGCCAAGAAGAACUAUCGGGUGGACAGCAACGGGAACAGCAUGCUCUCCAAUGAGGAUGCCUUCCGCCUCUGGUGCCUCUUCAACUUCCUGUCUGAGGACAAGUACCCUCUGAUCAUGGUUCCUGAUGAGGUGGAAUACCUGCUGAAGAAGGUGCUCAGCAGCAUGAGCUUGGAGGUGGGCUUGGGUGAGCUGGAAGAGCUGCUGGCCCAGGAAGCCCAGGCAGCCCAGACCAGCGGAGGGCUCAGCGUCUGGCAGUUCCUGGAACUCUUCAACUCGGGGCGCUGCCUUCGAGGUGUGGGGCGGGACACUCUCAGCAUGGCCAUCCAUGAAGUCUAUCAGGAACUCAUCCAAGAUGUCCUGAAGCAGGGCUACCUGUGGAAGCGAGGGCACCUGAGGAGGAACUGGACAGAACGCUGGUUCCAGCUGCAGCCCAGCUGCCUCUGCUAUUUUGGGAGUGAAGAGUGCAAGGAGAAAAGGGGUACCAUCCCACUGGACGCACAGUGCUGCGUGGAGGUGCUGCCCGACCGAGAGGGGAAGCGCUGCAUGUUCUGUGUGAAGACAGCCUCCCGAACGUACGAGAUGAGCGCCUCAGACACACGCCAGCGCCAGGAAUGGACAGCUGCCAUCCAGACCGCGAUCCGGCUGCAGGCGGAGGGGAAGACGUCGUUGCACAAGGACCUGAAGCAGAAGCGGCGCGAGCAGCGGGAGCAGCGGGAGCGGCGCCGGGCAGCCAAGGAGGAGGAGCUGCUGCGGCUGCAGCAGCUGCAGGAGGAGAAGGAACGGAAGCUGCAGGAGCUGGAGUUGCUACAGGAGGCGCAGCGGCAAGCCGAGCGCCUGUUGCAGGAGGAGGAGGAACGACGCCGCAGCCAGCACCGCGAGCUGCAGCAGACCCUCGAGGGCCAAUUGCGCGAGGCGGAGCAGGCCCGGGCCUCCAUGCAAGCCGAGAUGGAACUGAAGAAGGAGGAGGCUGCCCGGCAGCGGCAGCGCAUCCAAGAGCUGGAGGAGAUGCAGCAGAGGCUUCAGGAGGCCCUGCAACUGGAGGUGAAAGCGCGGCGGGAUGAGGAGGCUGUGCGCCUAGCCCAGACCAGACUGCUGGAGGAGGAGGAGGAGAAGCUGAAGCAGCUGCUGCAGCUGAAAGAGGAGCAGGAGCGCUACAUCGAGCGGGCGCAGCAGGAGAAGCAAGAGCUGCAGCAGGAGAUGGCGCUGCAGAGCCGCUCCCUGCAGCGAGCCCAGCAGCAGCUGGAGGAGGUGCGGCAGAACCGGCAGAGGGCCGACGAGGACGUGGAGGCUGCCCAGAAGAAGCUGCGCCAGGCCAGCACCAAUGUGAAACACUGGAAUGUUCAGAUGAACCGACUCAUGCAUCCAAUUGAGCCCGGAGACAAGCGUCCCACCACCAGCAGCUCCUUCACAGGCUUCCAGCCCCUUCCACUUGCCCGCCGUGACUCCUCCUUAAAGCGCCUGACCCGCUGGGGAUCCCAGGGCAACAGGACCCCCUCACCCAGCAGCAGUGAGCAGCUGAAGUCCCUCAACGGUGGGGAUGAGGCUCCCAUCUCGGCUUCCACCCCCCGGGAAGAUAAACUGGACCCAUCGCCAGAAAAUUAGCCUCUGCUAUCCCCUUCCCCACCCCCCAACCUCAUACCCACCAGAACCUGGCCACAGCUGGCCUGUGGGUGAUGCCAACCCCUGCAGAAGAGGGAGCUGAGGACCUGGUGCCAGGAGCCCAGGCCCUCUAACCAUGAAACAGUCCAGAACGGAGCCUUGUUUAUUUUGGGCACCAGCCCCAGACCCCUGACCACUGAGGCUGUCUGGGAUGUUGAUCCUUGAGAACUUGAUCCUGUGCCUUAACCCCAAGGACCCUAUGCCCUGGGCUGGAAAAGAGACCAAACAAGCAAGCAAGCCAGCGGCAUGUGCCCUCAGACUGCCACCAAGCUGUAGAGGCACGUUUCUAAAUAAAAACUGCCCUUGGAGUGAAUCCUUGAUCAGGUCUGCCGUCCAUCUCUCCUGCCACGUCCUCUCUUCCUUCCUCAAGUCCAGUUAUAAGUCUCAGGAGUGAAGUGGAGUGCAGUGGCUAGGAAAGUACAUUCUGCCACUUACCAACUGGGUGACUUUGGUCAAGUUUGUUCACCUCACAGUGUUUCAGUUCCUGUGUUGGUAAAACAGGAAUAAUAAUAAGAUGUAACUUAUAGGGUUGUUGUGAGGAUCAAGUGCUUGGCACAUGAGCAAGGACUAUUAUUAGUAUCACCCAAAAGUGUUUACUGAGCAUCUAUUCUAUGCCCCAAAACUUCCCUGUUAUUUAAUUCUCAUGGCAACCCUGAGAGGUGGAUGUUAUUAUUCGCAUUUUACAGGUGGGGAAAUUGAGGCUCAGAGAGGUCAGAUAACUUGCCCAAAGCCUUCCAAACUUGCUUCUUUUCCCAUAUUAUUUGACUCACUGACCUUGUCACCCAAGGCAGAGAUAUGGGAAUCUAAGAUGCUCCUUUCCUCUCAUCCCCCUCGUGCAAAACCAUCAUGAAAUGUGGUAGGUUCUGCUCUACUCUCUCAUAGCUUUCAGUCCCUCUCUAUGGCCACUGUGGCUGCUACUGUGGUUAACCUAAGGCCUUUGUAUUCUCCUGCCUGCUCACCUUUGACUCCUUUUUCAUCUUGCCCCAUAUCUAAUCAGUCAAGUCAAAUUCACAUUCCCUUAUGUGGCACAUGAGGCCCAGGAAAGCCUCCUAUGCCUCUGCUUUACAGAUCUGCUAACAGUUCUCUCAUUUUCUUCCCCUGGGCCUGCACGCUGGCUGCCCUUCCCACCUUACUUCACAUAACAGCCUUCAUAACUAGAUGCAUGAGUUCCUUGAGGGCAUGGACGUAUCUUCUUCAACUUAUGUCCCCAGUGCCUAGUACAGUGCUUGGCUCUUAGCAAACAUGCAACAGUGUUUGUUGAAUAAUUAAAUUCUAAAAUGAAUGACUGGGUGUCACACAGCUUAAAAGUGAUAAAGUAGCUAAGAUUCAAACUCAAGCCCAUUCAUUUAUUCAAUGAAUUAUUCGUUAAGCUCCUAUAUCAUGCUAGGUGCUGGCUAUAGGGCACAGAACAAAACAAGAGAGAGUCGCUGCCCUCCUGUAGCUUAUGUGCUGUCUGAUAUCAAAGUUCAAAUCUUUUGCCAGUACCCCAAACUCUACUGCAAGGAACUUCAUUAUAGUCUAUGUAAAGUGCCAUGAAACGAAACUACCAGUAUAGCAUGAUACGUAUUUCAGGGAUGGGAAGUGAGGUUCAAACUCUAAGUGCAGUACAAUUCAGGAAUUCAGAAGAAAGGGAAGCAUUAGGCAGGAACUGGGAUUCACAAUGGCCCUUAACUUUUUUACUUUUUUUUUUUUUUUACUUUUUUUUUUUUAACGUUUAUUUAUUUUUGAGACAGAGAGAGACAGAGCAUGAAUGGGGGAGGAUCAGAGAGAGGGAGACACAGAAUCUGAAACAGGCUCCAGGCUCUGAGCGGUCAGCACAGAGCCCGACGCAGGGCUCGAACUCAUAGACCGCAAAAUCAUGACCUGAGCCGAAGUCGGCCGCUUAACCGACUGAGCCACCCAGGCGCCCCUGCUUUUCUUUUUAAGUUUAUUUAUUUGAGAGAGAGAGCACGUGCACAGGGGAAGGGGAAGGGCAGAGAGAGAAUCUCUGCUAAGAGUGUGGAGCCCCACUUGGGGCUCAGUCUCAUGAACCUUGAGAUCAUGACCUGAGCUGAUCAAGAGUUGGACACUUAACUGAGACACCCAGGCACCCCGGCCCUUAAAAUUUUUAAUAAGAAAGGAGAGCAAGAGGGGUGCCUGGGUGGCUCAGUUUGUCGGGCAUCCGACUUUGGCUCAGGCCAUGAUCUCACGGUUCGGUUUGUGGGUUUGAGCCCCACGUCAGGCUCUGUGCUGACUGUUCAGAGCCAGGAGCCUGCUUCGGAUUCUGUGUCUCCCUCUCUCUCUCUGCCCCUCCCCCACUCGUGCUCUGUCUCUUUCUCUCUCAAAAAUAAGCAAACAGUAAAAAACAUUAAAAAGGAAGGAAAGCAGGAGAACAUGGAAACAAGGUAAGUAGAAAGAAGCAUAACACAUCUGUGAGCACAAGAAAUCUGGAUUCUGGAUAUCGACUGGGAGGAUCAAUUGUCCUCUAAUUGGAGUGCGGUGUCUCUAGGGUACAACGAAUUUUAAGAAAAUCAGUGUGCAGAUCCUCAACUUCCAAGUGUUCCCUCUACCAAAACUGCUUCCCUCCUUCAUAAUGCCAACUUCCCUACUUUCAGUAACAAGGUUCACCACUCACUCACCCACUAUCUUUCAAUGGCGGACUACCCAGAGGGGUAAACGCCCUGGAACACUAAACAAAGCAACAAUUUGCAAUGCUGGUGGUGCCUGUGGGUGCUGAGGAAAUGAAUGGCUCAAAAGCUGGACAACAAAUUCUUUUUGUUUUCAAGCAGGAGGUUUCUAAAUCUUUGCUUUCAAAACCUAGAAGGACUUAAUUGCAUCAUCAGCUGAAAAAUCAUUAACAAUCUCUUUUUAUAAUAGAUCUUUGUGAUUUUUUUUUUUUUUUUUUUUUUGGUAAACAACUGAGAUUUAGAUGCCACUGCUCUGUCAAAACUCUCAGUUCCCAUAUACUUACUGAUAUGAACAAGGUUUCUCAGCUUAAAAAUGAAAACAUGGGCCUGGAAGGGAUGCUGAAUGCAGAAUUCCUGAAGUAAGUCAUGUUCAACUAUAAGCAUAUGAACUACCUAGGGAAAAAAACAGCCCAUCCAUUCAUUAAGAAAUACAUUUUCUGGGGGUGCCUGGGUGGUUCAGUUGGUUGAGCAGUUAAGCAUCUGACUUUGGCUCAGGUCAUGAUCUCACGGUUUGUGAGUUCAAGCCCCGCGUCGGGCUCUGUGCUGACAGCUCAGAGCCUGGAGCCUGCUCUGGAUUCUGUGUCUCCCUCUCUCUGCCCCUCCCCAACUUGUGCUCUGUCUCUAUCUCUCAAAAAUACAUGAAACGUUAAAAAAAAAAAAAAACAAACCCACACUUCCGGGGCACCUGGGUGGCUCAGUCGGUUAAGUGACCUACUUCGGCUCUGGUCAUGAUCUCAGUUUGUGGGUUCAAGCUCUGCUUGGGAUUCUCUUUCCCUGUCUCACUCUGUCCCUCCCCCACUCAUGCUCUCUCUCUCUCUCUCUUAUCAGUAAAUAAAUAAACUUUAAAAAUACAUUUUCAAUGUAUGGUUUGUGUUUAUGUGUAUUACUUAUAAAAAUCAUAAUAUUUAUAUUGAUCCGAUCAAUUGGGUAUUACUAAUUUUGUAAUGGCCACUCAAACCAGAAAAAAAUUCUCACUUAGAGUUAUAAAACUCUAAACUGUAAAAACUAUAUAAAACUAUAAAGUUGUAUGAAACUGAAACUUUUUUAAAUUCUCAACUUAUACACAUAUUUUGGUUGCAGAGAUGUACGAUACAGUAAUCAAUAAAAAAUGCAAAAUAUAUAUUACAUUGAUCAGAUUUUUGAGGGGAAAUUGGAACUAAAAUGCAAGUGCAAGGAGAAAAGGAGACAAUGUAAAAUUUUUUAUUGAUAAAGAAGAGCUUCUUCAUGUAUUUUUAAGAUGGAUGAUGGAUGAUGGUAAGCAUCAAAUCACUAUGGGAUUUGGGGCUUAUUCAAUACAUUUAAAAGGGUAAUGGGUGCCUGGGUGGCUCAGUCAUUAAGCAUCUGACUUUGGCUCAGGUCAUGAUCUCAUGGCUCAUGAAUUCGAGUCCCACAUUGGGCAAGCUCGUGCCCCGCUUCAGGUGAGUUUGAGCCUUGCCUCGGUGAGCCCUGCUUCUCCCUCUCUCCCUCCCUUUCUCUCUGCCCCUCACUCGCUCCCUCUCUCUCUCUCUCAAAAAGAAAAAGGUAAUAAAGCAGUUUUAUAUGGCAAUGUCAAUAUUUAUAAAAUAGAAAUUAUAUCCAUUUUCUAAGUUUUAAACUAAUGGUGAGAAAUAUUAGAUGUCACCUUAAAAAUGUGCAGGGAGAUGCAUAGUUGUGUACUUUAUACUAUAUAUAUAUACUUAUAUACUAUUUAGGAAUAGAGAGGCAAAACAAUCUGAAGACUACCACCCGUGACUAGAAAGGUAGAAUGAAGCCUGAUUGCAGACAUUCUUGGAGACUAGGUAGAGUUUAGUCUUGAGGUGGCAAGCCAAUCCCUAAACUUUCAGUUUCCUCACCUGUAAAUGAGGUCCAUUCCAGGUUUUGGAAUAUUCUAUAACUGGCCACAGGGAGGCGUUGAUGGUUGAGAUACUGCUGGGAAGAUAGCCCUGAUGCCUGAAUGCCAUCCAUAUUGGAACCGGUACGAAAAGCUCUCAGUCUUGAGGGACAUAACUAGGGGG